AGACCAGAGGCCGAACUCGGGAUCUGACAAGAUGGCCGGGCUGCCCCGCAGGAUUAUUGAGGAAACCUAGCGUUUGCUGGCAGAGCCAGUUCCCGGCAUUAAAGCAGAACCAGACGAGAGCAACGCCCGUUCUUUUCAUGUGGUCAUUGCUGGCCCUCAGGAUUCCCCCUUUGAGGGAGGGACUUUUAAACUUGAACUAUUCCUUCCAGAAGAAUACCCAAUGGCAGCCCCUAAAGUACGUUUCAUGACCAAAAUUUAUCAUCCUAAUGUAGACAAGUUGGGAAGAAUAUGUUUAGAUAUUUUGAAAGAUAAGUGGUCCCCAGCACUGCAGAUCUGCACAGUUCUGCUAUCGAUCCAAGCUUUGUUAAGUGCUCCCAAUCCAGAUGAUCCAUUAGCAAAUGAUGUAGCGGAGCAGUGGAAGACCAAUGAAGUCCAAGCCAUAAAAACAGCUAGAGCAUGGACUAGGCUAUAUGCCAUGAAUAAUAUUUAAA